AUGGGCAUCAGCGAUAUCAUCGAUCAAAAUAAUCGAGGAGUUUCUCUGCUCAUGGAAAACGAUUUCCCAAAUGCAAUCCAGUCCUUUGCGCUUGCUCUGCCGUUGCUACGAACCAUCGCCGAUUCAGUCUGGGAUCAUACAAUCUGUGAUGGCGAUUCCUUGGACCAGCACAUGAUUUCUUCUGCUGAUUGUGCUGAUCAAGUGAAGCCGGCGUCAAGUGCUGCUAACAAUGGCAUGAUGAUUUACCAAGUAGGCAUCCGAAUUCCCCCAACUGAAACCAUACCAUCCAUCAUCUCUUGGGUUCUCAUCUUCAAUUCCGCGCUUGCGCACCACCUUUCGGCGAAAACAAGAGCUUGCCCAGCAAUGCUCAAAGCCAAGCAGUUGUACAGAUUGAUAUGCGAUCCACAAGGCAUGACUCAAAGUCCGCUGUUUCAGUAUGCAGUGAUCAACAACCUUGGCGUGAUUGAGCAAAAUUUUGGCAAUGCAUCAGUGGCUAAUCAAUACUUCGAAAUUUUGCCGUCUAUACCAGAUCUUCGUGAAGAUCUCCAAGCAUAUGGAACUGAUAGAGUUAGUGCCUGA